AUGACGACUAACUAUUUGGUGCCAAACACUAAACCAAUUAAUGGAAAUGUGUUUCAUUCAUUUGAAAAGAUAAAUGAAAUAUUCGCAAAGAAUGACGGUAGAAGAUAUUAUAGAGAACUUGAAAGUUCAUGCUAUGACUCUGAUGCUCCAUAUUUUGAUGAUAAACAAACUCAUUUAAGAAUUACAAAUCCGGCUCAUGAUGUGAAUCAAUUAGGUGACACAUAUAUUAAACGCAAAGUUAAAGCAACCCUAGUUUCAAAUAAAGCUUUCACAUGUGAUGCCGCUUUUAAAUGCAUGCGUUUAUUCGUUGGUUACAAAUCAUCAAAUCAAAGCUUUAAACAAUUAGAAGUAGAAACCGAAAGAGGUGAUGCCGGUUAUCUUCAGAUGGAUUGCGCCCGUGAAUCUUUCGCAUUUGCAACAUAA